AGUUUUUCACAAGUAGUAAUAAAAUAAUUAUAUUUCAAGACUUUUACUAUACUAUCUAUCAAUGGCUAGCCAACAACCACCUCGUCCAUUGUUCCGUUUUGCUUCCAUGGUCCGUCCUGCUGCACAACCUGCACAACCUCCUCCAGCUUCUGCUCCACCAGCACCAUCCCCACAACCGAUGUUUCGACCUACCACCCCAUUUAGGCCUGCGUCACCAGCAGUUACUGCUCCUCAGCCCCCUCAACCUCCAGUGCCUACUGCUCCUCCUGUUGCAGUAAUUACUGCACCACCGCAACCACAAGUGUCAGUCCCAGGUAGCCCCAUUUCACCACGGAGGCGUCAACCUGUGGCAACUUCACCACCAAGAUCACCUGUUGCUCCUCCUCAAUCUGUUGUUUCGCCACCAAAGGCUCCUUCACCACGUUCUCCAGUGGCAGCACAACCACAACGUGCUGCCACUGAGGUCCCUAAAUCUCCUGUCAUUAGUGCCUCUCCCGUCAUUAGAGCCACCACGUCAGUGCCACAAUCCCCAUUCAAGCCAUUAGCUUCUAAUGUAACAACAGAGAGCGCUCCAACUAGAACCCCGUAUUCUUCAUUUCCGCCAUCUCCAAAAACAAAAUUGCCAGAUUCUAUCCAAACUCUCAUCAAUCAAUCAUCACCAUCAAAAGCCCCCCCACCAUCUCAAAAUGUCUUCCAAACUCUCAUCAAUCAAUCAUCACCAUCAAAAGCCCCCCCACCAUCUCAAAAUGUCUUCCAGCCUAAUUUAGUGAAAUCCCAGACUUACUCUCCUCAAACUAAGCCUGCAGUUUCUCACCCUCCAUCCCCACUAAAGCUUCCCCCAUCUCAACUUGAGCUUGAGUCCAAGAUUCCUUCACAUGUUGAUCAGAAAUCUGUUGUGGUCCAUGAAACCACGAGGGCUAACGCUAAUGGUCAUCAUGUCCUGCAGACUGCUAGAAAUGGAAACACAGUGGAAAGUUGGAAACAAGAAACAGUUAAAAAAGAUAAAGGGGUUCAGAAGAAGAAGGUGUCUAAUUCGGAUGCUGCAGAUGACUUUGGAACGAGUGUGCUAACACUAGCUGGUGAAAACAAGGGAGCCAUAAUGGAGUUAAGCCCUUCAAGGAAGACAUACAGCCCUCAGAGCCUUCAAAAGAAAGGAAGCCCAAAGUCUUGGAGUAGUGAGGAUGAUGGAGAGAAAUCAGGGAAUGAAAGUGGAAGGAAGGGAGAUAGAAUGCAAAAUAAGUCCCUUCCUAUGACUGCAUUCAUGAACAGCAACGUCCAAGGUAUCAACAACUCCAUUCUCCACAAUGCUUCUUGCACUCACCAUGAUCCUGGUGUCCACCUUGUUUUUUCAAGAAAGACAAAUGGUAGUAAUGGCCUCCACAUCAAGGGCAGCCAAAAGAGCUAAACUCAUCAUCAUCUGUUUUUCAUGGAGGGUCCUUUGUUUCUUUUAAUAUUUGAGAGAAUAAAUUGAGUGGUACGUCGAAAAGGACAUUGAUUCUGAUUCUUCAUGCAUGGCUGCAAUCCACUUCUCAUGCACAAGGACCAUCCUUUGGUAGGACAGAGAGAUUCUAUGCACAAUGUUACCACAAUAAAGCUUUCUUAUUGUAUUGAGCAUCUUUUAUUCUAUAUAAUUUGUAAGUCUAAUACAGAAUUCGUAAUGUCUUAUCAUGAUUUCAAAUGUAUUUUGUAAAAUAUUGAAUACCAUGUCUGAGUUUGGUUUUA